AUGUGUCGUAAAAUUUCCAGCGUGAGUUCUUCGACACUACAAGUGGUCACAGCAAUGGAUGUGGGCAUGGUGGCACUGACAUGCAUUGCUGGCAUCGGUUGCGGUCUUUGCAGUGUGAAACCUACACAACAGCUCAAUAUGCGUUUAAGGAAGCUGGACGAAUCUCUGCACUUAUUUCCGAAUGUCGACAAUGAUCGCUUUAUGCCUAGAAUGUUGGCCAUAGUCACACCUACAUUAUUUGGAGCAAUUAUAAGUUUCGAUUAUUUUGGGUGGAUGCAGGUUGUGUCGAAACAUGUUCUUGCCGCUACUUUAAAUUGGUAUAUACCAUUUUAUGGGAUUUAUUCGGUGCUAAUUGGAAGUCAUAUUUUAUAUGCGAAUAAUGCUCUGGGACUUGCGAGACGUUUUCGUCGCUUGAAUAAGAUAUUGAAACACCAUUUCUUGUUGGCUCUCACAGAUGGAAAACGCUGCAGUAAGAUGAAGACUUGGGUUAAUAAUUUAUCAUCUGAUGAGGAAAUUCCAUCACACCAUGAAUUUCAUCGCCUGAGAAAUCAACAUUCCAAACCUACGGUUGAGCUGUUAAGAAUACUGGUCGAUAAUUACGAAUCAUUGUACAAGUGUGUAGAAAUCUUUUCCAACACCUUCGGUUUUGCUGUGCUUUGCAACCUGAUCUCCUGCAUGCUACAUAUCGUCAUCACAGCCCAUUUCCUGAUUAUUGCUUUAAAAAAAAUUUCUAUAACCAUUCGGACUUACUGUCAGAUGAUGUGGCUUAUGCUGCAUAUAUUCAGAUUACUAUUGGUGGUGGAAGCUUGUCACAAGGCGACCGUAGAGUCAAAGGAAACCAUACAGAUCGUUAGCGAAAUCAAGCGCACAACUGUAGAGCUAUCGUUAUCAGCUGAGUUUCAAACAUUUUGGAAACAUUUACAUAUUUACGAUGUCAGGAUUUCUGUUUUGGGGAUCUGUGACAUCAAUAGAACGAUAUUGACGGCGUUCAGCUCUGGAAUUGCUACAUAUCUUUUUAUUGUAUUACAAUUUCAAAAUACCAGAGGCUAA